GAGCUGCAGUUUGGUCAGAUUUGGUGAGAGGAGCAGCAGCGCGCGGGGAUCGAUCCUCUUCUUGGACUUUUCGGCUCGCGUGGAUAUUUUGCUGGGAUUCAUUGUUAAAAAAAACAAAACAAAAAAGACAUACAGAGAGAGAGAGAGAGAGAAGACGACAAGAAUCCGGACUUAAAGCACGUUUUUCUUGGGAUUAAAUCGCCUCCACGUACACAUGUUCGGAAAGUGCAUUUAAGUGUCGUUUUUGAAGUCCGUGCUGCGUUCACUUACCGGUUUGUGCGCCGUGCUUCUUAUGUUCACAUGAUAUUCUAUACUUUUCUACACGAUCCAUUCCGCGUUCACCCACCGAUAUGUUAAAUGGGUGCAUUUGGACUGAAAUGCUGCCGUGCAUUUUCUUUUUUGUAGAUGCAACAAAAUAGCUUUUUUAUUUUCCUCCCCCUCUUCUCUCUCUCUCUCUCUCUCUCUGUCUGUCUCUCUCUCGCUCUCUGAUGGUGCGUUUUGGACACCGGUGGUCGUCACUUGGCUGUGCACGCGUUGCACGGCGCUCCACACACAUUAAUGUUUUGCAACGACCGUAGACCUACUUGCAGUAGUCGGAUAUCCGUACGAGACUAAAAAUAAAUAAUAAUAAUAAAAAAAAUCUCCAUCUAGAUUUUCAAGGUGUCGUAUGUUCAGGACGAAACGCUCAGGUCUUGUGCGGCGACUGUGGAGAAGCCGUUUGAUCCCAGAUAAAGAAGGGGGAGAUGGAAAUGGUAAGACUAGUGAGGGCUGUAGGGACGAUCUGUUCGGCAACAACCCGGAGAAAAUUCCCAAAACGGAGCUCAGACCGAUGACCCCCAGCGGGUCUCUUGUGGGGGACGUGGGAGCCAUGUGCGCCCAGGGCCCCUUGGGAAGCAGCGGGUUAUUGGGGAUCGCGUCGGACCAACACGGGGGAGCCAUGGGCGUCCAGGAGCAGGGGAGUCCCCGCUCCGUGCAGGACCCCGAGUGCAGGACGGUGACUUGCUGCUUGUUUAAAGACCGGGACCACUCAGACCUCAGGGGCCCAGAGACGCCUCAGGGUACCAGCGAUCCAGGGUCGUGUCACUUCGCAUUGAGGAAUCUCGGACCCCGAGACGACGGAUCUCCAGAGGCUCAGAAGGCAAUGCCUCACAUGUUGUUAGAGCAAGAACUGAAAUCGGCCACGUACUGUCUGUUAAAAAGGCUCAAGGAGAAAGCUCUGGAUACCUUACUGGAGGCAGUGGAGUCCAGAGGAGGGAUGCCGAGUGACUGUGUUAUGGUUUCCCGGACAGAGCUGAGGCUGGGGGCCCAUGUGGCCUCUCCACAGCUGCUGGUGUGCAAACUGUACCGCUGGUCUGACCUCCAGCACUCCGCGCAGCUCAAACCGCUCUGUGAGUGUCAGAGCUUUGGGGCCCCUGAGAGCUCGGCAGUGUGCUGCAACCCCUAUCACUACAGCCGGCUCUGUGGGCCAGAAUCACCCCCACCUCCAUAUUCGAGGCUUUCCCCUAAUGAAGAGCACAAGCCACUGGAUCUGUCAGACUCCACACUGUCUUACACUGAAACUGAGGCAGCCAGUUCGCCAAAUAUCACACCAGGGGAAUUCUCAGAUGCAGCAUCCAGCUCCCAAGCGCAACAUCCAGCUGGGAACACAGUGGGUGGCAUCAUCACGAUGAAUUGCACGGAAGAGUGGAGCCAAAAUGCAUGCAAGUGUCAAGAUGCCAGUAUGUCGCCUGAUGCCCCUAAGCAGAGCUACUGGUGUAACGUGGCGUACUGGGAGCACCGCACACGUGUGGGCCGCCUCUACACAGUGUACGAGCACUCUGUUAGCAUCUUCUAUGAUCUACCUCAGGGCACGGGCUUCUGCCUGGGCCAGCUCAACCUGGAAAACCGGAGCAGCACCGUUCAACGCACGAGAGGCAAAAUUGGUUACGGCAUCCUACUUAGCAAAGAGCCGGACGGCGUCUGGGCGUAUAACCGCAGCGACCAUCCCAUUUUUGUCAACUCCCCUACCCUGGAUGUACCCAACAGCAGAACUUUAGUCGUGCGCAAGGUGAUGCCAGGCUACUCCAUCAAGGUGUUUGACUAUGAACGUUCAUGCCUCUUGAGGCAUACGACAGAGCCUGACCUCUUGGAUGGACCCUACGACCCCAACAGUGUCCGCAUCAGCUUUGCUAAAGGCUGGGGCCCCUGCUACUCAAGACAGUUCAUCACCUCAUGCCCCUGCUGGCUGGAAAUCCUCCUCAACAACCACAGAUAACACAGAUGGACGCCACAAACACUCCCAAAUAUCAUCUACCUAGAUUUAAUAUAAAGUUUUAUAUAUUAUAUGAAAUAUAUAUUAUACUUGUAAAUACGGAGUCAUUUUUACAAUGUAAUUAUUUAUGUAUGGUGCAAUGUGUAUACGGACAAGAGGAAAACCUUCAAAUGCACUUUGGCUUAUAUAUAUUAUAUAUAUAAAUAUAUAUAUAUAUAUAUAUAAAUAUAUAUAAAGAUAAAGAAUCUUUCAAUACCAACUUGAGAAAUUAUACAACAAAAUUAGGAUAAGCCUGGAUUUGAUGUAUAGUUUUCAUAUACUAUUAAUAUCCAGACGUAAAGCUAACACCAUUCACACAUUGAUAAUAAAGUAUUCGCAUAAAUUC